GUGGUCCUAAGUAACGCAACAAUGAAGGUUAUAAUAGUGUUGUCUAUACUCUGUGGUUUGGGAAUGUCGGCAAUGGCGGAUGUACCAUGCGGACAAAAUGUGACUGAAGCGAUAACAACCUGCACUUCGAAGGGAUCCGAAGCUCAAACCGAGCAAGACUGUGUAGUGGCCGCCGUAAUCGAUUACAUUGACUGCCAACAUCCCCAAGAAGCCAUCCAAAUUAUGUCAAGAGCCGGCGGGGAUGGGAGUGCCAAAAUGACUAAAAUAAAAUGUAUAGUGGUCACCUCGAUAGAUAUGUUCAAGUGUUUCGUCCAGGAAUUACUGAAAGCACCAUUCACUUGGGACUGGCCGGCGAUUACUAAGUGCCUCACGACCUAUUCACCCGCUUACCUGGGGUGUAAAUAAAAAAGUGUACCUGAUUACUGCAAUAUUAAUAAAAUUUCAGUAAAUCAUGUCAACAGUUUUUUCAAGGCACGAUUAAAAACAAUAGCAACUUA